AUGUCCAACGGUCAGUAUAAUUUUCGCUUCCUACACGAGGCCGUCGCAACUAGGAAGACCUUGGGUUUCAGUGAAAGAAAGCGCGAUGAUAGCUUCUGCAGCACCAUGAGAUUGCCUGCCGAGCCUGAUUUCCAAAGUCUCCUACCAUCCACAACAGCGUCUUCAUUUUCACAAAGUUUCGACAUCUUCAGAGACGGCUCCCCACUUCUGGGUAUGCUACCCUGUGAAUACGAAUUGAACCUGCCCAGUCGCGUUAAAACUGAAGAGGGAGUAGCCCGAUCUCUGUUAAGGCCAGUCCCAAGAUCUUUGCAACAAUAUCGAUAUAUCGACAUCGGUCUAGAGCCAAUGAGACCUCAUUCCUAUCCUGGUCGUAUUGAUCAGGAAGGCUACUCUUUCGAUGGUCUAGUCCAGCGCAGAUCUUCUUAUCCCCAAAUAGAGACCAUCUCCACCAAUUUCAGAGCGGAGAUACUGGAAGAAGCUCAUCUCCGCGACCAGACGUUGUUGAAUAUGAUAUCACUGGAUGUACUCGAUGGAAGAUUUAUGGUCACAGUCAUGGAAAGCCUUGAGGAAUAUCGACAACUCGAAUGGGCAAGAGAAAUGCUCAUAAUCAGGCCAUGGUCGAAGGAUGUGCAGUUGGCCAGACAAAAACAAGCUGAGAUAUCCCACGCUGGAAAAGAGCUGCUGGCUCGGGAAACUGCGCCAACCCUCUAG